GCGGACAGAGUGAGAGUGGAGGUGGAGUGUGUGGAGGGGAACUGCUGACGCUGCAGUUGGGGGCUCGAGCAUCAAGCAGAAAGGAGAAGCUGCACGGCGCCCUCCUCAGAAAAGUUCCAGAUGUGGCCAUGUUUAGUUCUUAUAAAUUUGCAAGUUCGAAUUUUAUAAAAUCCGAGAUUUUAUUAUAACUUCACUUAUCUUGACAUAUAUUAUUCAUUACACGUAGACGCACACGUAACGAGAGAGAAUCGGGAUUUUAUUUUUCCGAUUCUGCUUCACGACAGAUCAGCACUGUUGCUUCUAUUCUGUGCCAUACGUAUACAUAAUUACGUACACAUAUAUACAUCAAUAUAUAUGUACAUUGAUUAUAUUUAAUACGUCUAUUGCGCGCGUGAGAGGAAAACCCAAAUAUUUCUCUUGCGCUUCUUUUUUUUUUUUUUUCUCUCGAAACGCAUACUUUUUCACGUCGAUAAGAAAAAGAGGCCCCGAGAGAAAAAAAAGUUUCCUGGUGAUGGUUGGUUGGCUACGCUCACGGUCUCGGAUCUCUGACACUUACUCGGGACAAAGAACAUUGACGACGUAAGGACCAGAGGAGGAUCUAACAACGCGUGCAACGGGGUUCAAUUUACUUUUGGCCCCUCCCAUAAGUGCGCUAGAAAAAAAAAAUUUGGCACCCGGAUUUCUUCUCUUCUUGAUUCUCCGAUGCUUUCUGAGUCACGUAUCCGUCUCAUACCACCGCUGUAUUAAAGCAAUAGAGAGAUAGAUACGAAAAAUAGAGGGGCAUCUAACACACGCGCGUCCUCUGCACCCAUGUGUGAUGCCGCGAGCUUUGCUCCAUGUCACAUGUCAAAUAGUCCAUCAGCCAAACAACAACAACAACAACGACAACAACAACAACAACAACAACAACAACAACAACAUCGACAACAAGAAGAAAAGAAGGAAGAUAUGCUGUAGGGGAGGACGCACAGUAUUGAUGCACGUGGCGUAUCACCAGUAGACCGAAGAAAAGAGAGAACGGCCUUUUUUUCUGUUCUUUUUAUCCAUUUUAUUUCUUCGGCCCUUGAGGGGCCUACCCCCAAGGAUUCAGUUGGUUUAUGCCUUAAAAAUUUCCAUUGCAAUCGUUCAUAAAUGAUGGCCCUCGAGAGUAUUUCCACGUCCGAGACUAUUAUUCAAAGCAGUAUCGAUAACGAUGACGAUUUGGAGGACGGUGAGAUACCCUCCGACGAGGACGACGAGUCGCUGCCCGUAGUCCCAGACACAGUCAAGCCGGUCACCGCGGCUGCACCAGCUCCGGCCACCCCAUCCGCCGCAUCAGAAACAACAUCAGCAGCCGAUACUGCGGACGCUGCGGCCGACGAGCCCCCCAAGUCCCAAAAUACCACAAAGACUGAAGCACCCAAGUCCAAGGGUUUCGAUAGCGAAAAAUCCGGCAAAAGCAAAAAGUCCGGGAACGUCGACAAGUCGAACAAGCAAAAGGUGUCGUCUAGCGAUGACUGGGCUGGCGACGUGGAGAAAGCCAUCAGAGCUGCCCUCGACGAGGACAGGAGCAAGAAUCAUGACAGCAAGUCCGGUCGGAGUAAAGGUAACAAGAACAAAAACAGAAAGAGAAAUCGCGACGAGAAGGAAGACGAGCGGAUCAGGGAUCAAAAGAAAAAAAAGUUGAGCGACGAGGAGAUCGUCAACGAGGACGACGAUGACUUGGUCUUUGUGCGUGGUGCGUCACCCUCGAGACGGGGCUCCCACGACGACUGCUCGCCGAGGCGUUCUGAGCGCGACAACUACAACAGUGGCUCGGACUUUGAUGACCGGCCCAAUCGGCAUCGCGACGACAACAAGCGGGUCGGAAAAUGGUCCCAAUCCAAAGCGGAACGCAACAACAAAAAGGCACCGAUUCAAUCGAACCGAAGGAAUCCAAAGAACGACAGAAUCGAACGUGGCAAGAACAGAACUCGUGCGCAGCUUCGAAAUGAACGGAACAAUGGCCGGCGCAAUCAGAUAAACGAUUUUCAAGAUCCGGAAUCGAUAUGCGUGUACUAUAUGCAGGGUAAGUGUCAUCGGGGCGACGAUUGUCCGUUUUCCCACAAUGCCCUGCCGCCGCGAAAGAUGGAACUUUGCAAGUUCUACUUGAUGGACUGUUGUGCCAAGCGCGAUAAGUGCCUCUACAUGCACCACGAUUUCCCGUGCAAGUUCUUCCACACAGGGCUCAAGUGCGGCUUAGGCGAGAACUGCAAGUUCUCACACGAGCCCAUGAACGAGCAGGUGAAGAAUAUUCUUCUGAAGCACUUGGAGACCGCUCCAAAAGAGAUACUUGGUAACUUUCCACGAUUGAGCAGGGAAGGUGCGCUUUACCUGAUAAACAAUACCGAGAGAAAUUCGUCUCACAGCCAUGAUGGCUCGAAUCAGAAGAUCCCGAGUCUUUUUGAAGUUAAGGUGGCAACUAUGAAUGAGGGCAGGGAUGAUGAUGAUCGCGACAGAGGAUAUAAGGAUCGCAAGGGGUCGUCAGGGAAGAAAACACGCUGGGGUUCGAAUGACGACAGAGUACCCAUCGACAUGCUCGUACAGUCCGCGUCGCAGCUUAGCUUCAUUGGCAACCAGGACAAGCCGCAAAAAGCUCCUUCUGCAAACUUCUAUAAUGAGGCGAACGACAUCAAUCUGGACGUUAAACGAGUUAAAGAGAAAAACGAUCCGUCUGCGUCGAUUGCAUCUCUCACAAAGGACGUUGAUCUUAGACAGCUGAUGGGCGGUGUUGCCAAGAAGCCUCUGGUCAUUGAUCUGGCCGACGAAGCGGCUAGUUUUACCAAGUCUAAAAUAGACGAGGAGAGCGAUCGUGAUGAGGAUGGGAACCUCGUGAGUGAGGUACCAGCCUACGAGGAGAAAAAGUUGAAAGUACCAGAAGCAGAUAAGACGAAAAAUUCUGAUUUGCCGGCAACGGAUGUGCCAACCAGUCUGCCGAAAAAAACGCAAGAGCUGUAUAUGAGGAUACAGCAACAACAGCGUGAGGCAGAGGAUAGUUUCAAGAAUCUGGAGAACACAGAGAACCUGGAGAUAUCUCAAGACGAUUGGUAUUCGGAUGACAAUGAUGAUGACGACGACGAUGAACAGCAGUUAACCAUAGUGCUGAAGGACAAUCAGAAAGACGAGGAGGAAGAGGAGGAGAAGAAAGAGGAGCCGAUGGAGGUAGACACGACGCCGCAGCCAUUGAGCAUUCCGCAGCCUGCAGCGAUCGUCGAUAAACUUGGUAAUUUGAGCAAAAUCGACAUUAGUAUGGAGGUAUCAAAGCUGCUAUCGACUAUCAAGGCCCAGAGUUCUUCGAACCACAAGCACGACAAGGAGUUGGCUUUGAAGAGCAAAAGAGAGUCAGAGGCAUCUAGUGUCGAAGAAGUGUCAAAACCUACGACAGCGGAAAACUCGCCACUGCAUCAGACUGGAAAUAAUAGUCCAACACAGUCUUCCAUUUCCUCAACAACAGCACAAUCAGGAUCUGUGUCCAGAGAUCCGCGAAUGAGUAGGGAUCCCCGGCAACGCCGAGAGGAUCCAAGGACGGGUGCUACAAGUUCAACUGUACCAGUGGCAACCAAACCCGCGCCAGAGCUCAAAGAGUCUCGUUCCCUUAGACUCGAGACGAGUAUUUACAGCUCGGGUAUAAUAGCCCAAGAUGCAACGUUAGACACGGAUCUGCGAGCUAAGCUGGAUCAGGAUCAUAGACGCAAGGAUAUGGAUUUAAGGUGCUUCCCACCAGGUCCAAGUUUUGGUGACACGGAUUUGCGCCUGGUAGGUGGCCACUAUCCGGAAUCAGCCAAAUCUGGUGAUGUGGACCUCAGGCAGAUGCUCGGCUUGCCUUUCAAGCCGGUACCGUCACAUAUGCCAUGCACGGAAAUUGAAGCUGGACUAAACUCACAUCCCUCAAUUCCCUAUAAGGUAUACGUGGUGGACGUUCCGAGACCAGACUAUACAGGACUUAAGCUAACGAAAAAUGAUCCUCAGGUUAAGUACGACCCGAGGUUACGAAAAAUUUUCCGUCUAAGUAAGGACGAUAUUGUAGACUCGCCGAUGUCACCACCACCGAUAAAAAUGUUGGAUACACCUAAGUCACCGCCGCUCGUUCGAACUGAUCCAAGGCGCAAGGCGCUUGAGGUUCACGCUCCGAAAAUCAUACCCACAACGGUGCAGCAGCACCCCGUUCAGGAACACCUUAAUUUACCUGGAAUGGGACUGAGUAUGGGACAGAACAUCCAAGCUCCAUUUGUGCAAGGUCAAAGCAACAUGCAAAUGCAUGGUAUGCAACAGGGCAUGAAUCAAGGGAUGCAGCAAUCCAUGGGCCAGUCAAUGAUGAUGCCUGGUAACUCGAUGAUGGGACCCAGUGGCAUGGGGCCGAUGAUGCGUGACGGUCCAAACAUGUCAGGCAACGGAGGUCCGGGGACAAUGGGUGGCUCUAGUAUGCGAAUAGGUGGCAUGGGCCAAGGUGGACCUCAGAUGUCAGGACAAGGGCAGUACUACAGUGGACAACGCACUGGGCUCCUAGGGGCAGGACCAGGUCCAUUACCUAAUUACAGUCAAGAUGUUAGGAAUCAGUAUGAUAUGCCUGGACGGGGCUAUCCAACAGAUAACUACAAUAAUUAUGGCCCUAAUGGACCUAAUUCUGAUCGAGUAGAUCACAGAUUUAAUUCUAACGGGCCAAUGGAUGAACCGGGAUUCGGUGGCUCGGCCGACUGGAACUCAAAUCCUUCGAAAAUUGGUCGGAAAGAUCGAAGAAGACCACCAAGGGGAGGCAAAUUUUCUGGCAUGCCCAGAAGAAAAGACUUAACUUAGUGAAACUAAAAAAUGUAAAAAAUUUUGGUGCUUGCUUGUUAAACUGUACAUUUGUAUAAAUUUUCAGAGAAUAAGCUUUAAAAAUCGUAAAUAUUUAUAGUUACAGUGCAUGUGUCUCCUAGUAUGACAUACAAUACAACUGAUUCAUAAGUUUUAGAUAACAGCUCAAUUGUCAACUUUCUGAGUUUAGCGAGAUAAAACUUUUUGUUAAAGCUUUGAAAGCAUUAUCUGAUACUAUACAGCGAUUAAUUUCUGUUGAGUUUUAUCAGCCUAAGUUUGAAAUAAGUAUAUAGGUAUAUUUGAAUAAUUUAUACGUCACAAUUGAUCGAUUGACAUUAUGUGCGUUAAAAACGUUUUAAGAGAAAUGGCUAUAAAUAAAGUAUUUAUAAUUUGACAUUGUGUACAAUUGCGGCAAUGAAAAUUGUUUUUUCCUUGUCAAAAAUCGUUUAUAAAAUGAAAGUUGUACAAAAUGCCAAAUGGGUUGAUUUAAAUGAACAGUUAUUUAUUGUACAUACAAAGCCAGUUAAAAAUGCGAGUUAUAUUAAAUCGUAAGUCCUUAGAACUUGUUUCAAUUACAAAUUUUUACUUACCUAUAAUGUUUCCAGAAAAUAAAGGUUUCCUUUGUACAUGCUUUGAGAUUCAUUUUUCUUACGUCUUCCAUGUACAUAAAACAUAUGUUAAUGUAUGUAUAAAGGCAUAUUUAUAUGUACAAGUGACAAUUAUAUAAGUUCACAA